CUCAAGUACAGUUUCCAUACAGCACAGUCCUUGAUAUCAGCUGCAGAGAUGAAUAACCAAACAGUAACCUAUGCAGAACUGAAUCUGGUUAAGGACUCAAAGAAACAGCAAAUGAAACCUAAGGGUGUUAAAAGCUCCAUUUCAGUAAUUGAGCAGGAAAUAACCUGUGCUGAAUUAAAUCUUCUAAAUCCCUCUCAAGAUCUUCAAGGGAAUGGCAAGAAGGACCACUGCAAAGAUUUCCCAUCACCACGAGAGAAGCUCAUUGGUGGGAUCCUGGGAAUCAUCUGCCUCGUCUUGCUGUCCACUGUGGUAACAAUGGCACUUGUUAUUUCCUCUUCUGGAAGCCUGGCACAGAACAAUUCAUCUCUGGCAACAAGGAACCAGAAAGCAUAUCAUUGUGGUCAUUGUCCAAAGGAGUGGUUCACAUAUUCCAACAAUUGCUAUUACAUUAGUAUUGAAAGAAAAGCAUGGAAUGAGAGCUUGCUGGCCUGUGCGUCUAAGAACUCUACCCUGCUUUAUAUAGAUAACGAAGAUGAACUGAAUUUUUUGGUCUCCUUGCGUGUUUACUCAUGGAUUAGACCCUCUCAUGGAAACAAUAGUAAUUCCUGGAUGUCGCCAAGUGGCUCAACUUUCUCUUCAAAACUGUUCUCAAGAUCUUCAGAGAGAGGCAAAAAUUGUGCAUUUUUUGAUUUUCCAACGAAGUCACUUUCUUCCGCAUCCUGUUUGGAAGAAAGAAUGUAUAUUUGUAAGCAGCAGGCAUUUUAGCUUAUCUAAAUUUGAUAUAAUGCUACUGUCACCAUCUAUAAAUAACAUAUUUGUAGUUUUUUCAAAAGCCAUAAAUUAUUUGCUUAGAAUUAUUUUUUAAGAUAUUAUAUUUUAGUGAAGUUUCAGAUUCACAACCAAUUUUAAGAGGGAGGUACAAAGAUUUCUAUGUCCCCCCAUCCCAACACGUGCGUAGGCUCCUUCUUUAUCAACAUAGCUCACCAGAAUGGACACUUGUUACCUAGGAUGAAUCUAUAUUAAUGCAUCAUAACCACCUAAAGUGCAUAGUUAGCCUGAGGCUUCACUCCUGUGUUGUAGAACUAUUUUUAAAUCAUUAUCUAUAUUAAUUUUUAAAAUAUAUGCCAAGUCCAUAUGAUACAUUUCUUAAGCUUUUGCUAUUUAUUAAAAUAAAUCAUGUAUAAAUUGCAAAUCCUAAUAUCGAGAAUUGUUAUUGCUAGCCACAGUAAGUUGAAUCAGUCCACUCAUAUUUUCAGAUUAAAAGAUAUGUCUUCAUCUUGGAAGGCAUUGAAAAUAAGGAAGUAACAACCUUGGGGGACGAGGUAUAUAAGUUAGAGUCAAGUCAGAGGAUGGAAUCAGGGUACAUUUGAUGCAAAGAAUUAUUAACUAUUUGUUGAAAAUUGUCCACUAAGAAAGGAUAAAAGAAAAUCACACAGAAUAACAUGAUUACAUAUUAUGUAUUUUUAAUAUAUAUAUAAUUGACAUAAUGUUAUAUUAGUUUCAGGUGUAGAAUGUAAUAAUUUGAUAUUUGUAUCUAUUGCAAAAUGAUCACCAAAAGAAAUCCCGGUAACAUCUGUCACCAGAGUUACAAACAAAAGAAAUUUUUUCUCGUACUGAGAACUUUUUCUCUUUCUUUCU